AAUUCAAAUCCAGACUUUGCACCUCAACUUCAUUACCAACAGAAACUUUAAGUUUUCAGAGUGACUUCUUGAAAGACAAGACCUCUUUGGUCAAGAGUGUUUCAGAUACAGAUGCCAAACUUCUGGUUGUCCUUCCCAAAGUGUCAGAACUGAAACAAUUUUUCGAAAGAGGCGUAAUCAAGGAUUCUGAAAUGAACAGAAAAGAGAGGAUAGCCCGGCGACUUGAGGCCAUGGAAAGCGAAGCGCCACCCGCUCUGGUGCCCGGYGGUUUCGUGUCUAACAGGAUGCUGGAGGAGGACCCGCCGCGGUACACCCGCGCCUCAGACCCCUGUGAACCUCGGGGGAUGGUGAGGCGCUAUAGCCGAGAGGACACGGAGCCACCACAGAAGAAAGUCUUGGUUCCCGACAGAUCACCUCAGGUUAAAGGUGGACUUGGUCCUGGUCGCCCAGAACCAGUUGUGGUCUACGUUGACCCAGUAACAUUGUCCACCGCCUCGACGCCCUCAUCCGAUCCUGCAGAGUCCGCUAGCCUCACAUCGAAGGCUGAGCGCAUCGCCCGCUAUAAGGCUGAGCGCCGCCGCCAGCUGUCGGAACGUUAUGGCAUCCUCCUGGAUCAGGAGGCGGACACAGAUUACACACCCCGCUACCGGUCCAAACGGGACGCAGACACCUCUGAGCGACAAACCGCUGCCAGGCGGGACAGAGACCGAACAGAAACACAAGGACGAGACCCCAAGGUGCCGUAUCGCUCUGGAGUGGGCAGGGUUUACAUGACGACACACGCAGAACCAGAUCCCGCACCUGCUGACACAGCAAGCCCCGCCCACUCGCAUCAAGCCCCUCCCACAAUCCAAGAAAGGCCUAGCAGAUUCUCAGAGCGGGAAAGAGCAAUGAAUAUGGAGAACUWCCGCCGAGGUGGCGCUCAGGAGCGCUCCGCCGCGUCUAGACCCAGGAUGCAGGAGCAGCAUCCGCCUCAACAAAAACAGCACACGCACCACCAGGAGCCAAGCCCCGCCCCCACCAGAGAGUACAGCAUCGCGGCCGUGCCGAGCUCUCCUCGCUCCACCCGCCGAGCAUCCCUACCCUCCACACGCUACGGCAUCUCACCUGGAGAUCUGUUUAUAGAGCAGCAGGCCCAGAGCAUCCUCAACAGGCAGGGCCUGGCUGCCUUGUCAAAGAGCGACUGGUGUCUGAACACAGACUCAGACAGCGACUCUCAGACAGACUCCAGUUGGCCUUUCAGAAUCCGAGCAAGGGAUCGAUUGUCCAGGGACGAGACACUCCAGAAGCCCCCUGACCAAAGUCCAGACAGGCAGCAGGCRAACAGGCGUCACAGUCAUGGCAGCGCUGCUCAGUACGCCACACACCCCUCAGAGCACACCCAACACAGGGCUGUUCACCAACCUCAGCCAAGUCCGGCUCACCAUCAUGCUCACACGACCUCUGAGCACCAACACUCUGCUGCUAUGGUCGCUCCAUCAACUGCCAAAGGACCCCCGCCAGAGGUCCAACCACGAAGAAAAGUGAGUGCCGACCAGAUGUAUGCAACCCACAGAGAGGCAAGACUGGAGGCAAGGCAGGCCCUAAAAGAAGAAGCCCACACGGAGGGUCUGCUGAAGAGCAGGAAGGCAGUGCUGCCCUCAGAGAUUCGUAAAAGGGAGAAGAGUUUGGACGAGAUGGACUUGCAAAACCUCAGUCCGGAGCAGAGGAGGCGAAGUCACGGAGAGGAGGACUGGGAUCGAGAGCAGCCAAGGGAGAGAGGGAGGGAGAGAACUGUCCAGAGGAUCAGAGAAAGAGAAAGAGAACACCUCUCCAGUCACGACAACCAAGAUGAGAGAGUUUUUAGAUCCAUGCAGCCUUCGCAUACCUCUGUGCACCAGCAGCAAAGGCAGGAUCAGUCCAUACAGCCGGUUUACCACCAAGAACCCAACACAAAGCAACAUGAAUCCCUGGUGCAGCAACCGUACGAAGUUAGAAGGACAGAACAUGCAGCUCACAUUCUGCAGGAACCUCCAAGGCAACAGCAUCYCCAUCAUUUGAGACUGCAACAAGAAAACCAGAGACCAUCUCAAGAAAGACACGAGUAUGACUGGAGAACAAAUAAGACCCCAGAUAAACAGCAAGAAAUAAAACAUCAGGACCCUCCGAACGAUCAGCAGCAGCAACAWGCGCCGUCACASCAGAGGUUUGACUCCGUYKCCUACCUUCAAAAGGGCUCCUCUUUGCCUCAGGCCAAACACAGAAGCAUGGAGGUCAGUGGAGGGCCCAAACCCAAGAUCCGAACACGCUCCAUGUCAGACAUUGGUCUAAGCCAACACACUGCCAUGUAUCGCGCUGAGAGACAGGGGGCCGGCAGAGAGGCGCCCAGGAUGGUGCCCCCACCAGGAGUGGCUAACGGGGACACGGGCACCCUGGAUACAAGGGUGUCAGUGGCACGGCUGCGACACUCUUACCUGGAGAAUGCCAACAGGAAACCGGAGUUUGACGGCACUAAAGCAGACGACCCAGUCAAAGAGCUGGAUCCGACUAGCAGCAGUGAUUUGAAUGGGGGGACUCGGAGACCUCGACGUUACAUCACUCCAGGUGACAGUCGUCUGUCGGAGAGGUUCAGGACUCAGCCCAUCACUUCUGCAGAGCGUUUGGAGUCRGACAGGUCACGGUUAAGCCCACCACAACUACAAGAUGCUGAAGCAGAUGAAGAAAAACUGGAUGAAAAAGCCAAAAUGAGUGUGGCUGCAAAGAGGUCUCUCUUCAGGGAGUUGGAAAAAACAUCAGAAGGUGGCGUUCCCAAACCUCGCUCUCGUAAUGCCGCCAUAGAGCGACGUCUGAAAAGAGUGCAGGACCGAGCGCACACACAGCCCGUCACCAACAGAGAGGUGGUCUGUGCUUCAAGCGAUCCCACCACAUCCUCACAAGCUGAGGGUGUUACCGUGGAUCCAGUCAGCAUCCCCACAGCUGCCAGCACCAGUGUGACCAGCGCACAGGCCUCCUCUCAGGCAGGCUCAACUGUCCAAGAACACAAGGCAGACGCCUCGGAGCACCAGAAGGCAGGUCCAGCUCUCAGUGCUGGGGGACACAGCGACGGUCAGGACCCUGUCCCGGACGAGCCGGACAUUUCCUUGCUCAGUUUGUCUGAGAAGAUGGCCCUGUUCAACCGCCUCGCCCACCCCUCAGCCAAACCUGCCGAGGGGUCCCGAGGGGACACCCGGCAGCGCAGAGCCAACUCCCGCUUUCAKACGCAGCCCAUCACCCAGGGAGAGGUGGAGCAGGAAGCUGAGACACCCUCUGCCGUCUGUAACGGUGACUUAGACGCCAAUCAGGGAGAACACAUUUACCGGAUCAUCCAGCGCCGCUGAAGCCGCUGAUAGCUAAAGUCUCAUCCAGGACGGUGUCUUACAUUUCAACCGGCCAACAACGGCCAGCCGUCAUCCAGCCUCCUCCGACCCUCCCCAAACCCCCGCUGUACAUCCAGCCGUCGUCAUACUCACAGCCCCCGCAGACGCACCCCAAAUCCUUCACCCAUUCAUCUCAGACCCAGUCCAGACCUCAGGGGUUCACCCAGAAUCUGCCUAAGCCUUUCCUCCACACAGCCCCCCAGCCUCAGCCCAAGCCCCAGGUGCCUCCUCAGACGCCCCCCAAACCUCAGUCCUUCCCUCAGGCUCUCAACAAGCCUCAGUCCUCACACCUGGACCAAUUCGAGGACCUCAGCAGGAACAGUGCCCACUCUGGAGACCUGCUGUCCCCCACGGAUUCUGGAGAACAACUGUCUGACGGCAUGUCCACCAAACAGAUGUCCAUCAAGGAGAGAGUGGCUCUGCUGAAGAAGAGUGGCGAGGAGGACUGGAAGAACAGGAUCAACAAGAAACAGGAAGUGGUCAAAGUGGCGUCGACCGAGCAGCCGGCUCAGGAGACGGAGCAGAGCAGCCAGAAGAAGGAGGAAGGGGUGGUCGUUCAGGACCCCUCUGCUGUGUCUGUGUCUGAGCAGCUCUGGGAGCCUGUCUUCUCCUCCACCUUUUCUCCUCCUAUCUCCCUCGGCCAAAAGUGUCAGUAUAUAGACCAUCAUUGUCAGAAGGUUGGAGAGGAGACGGAAGCCCAGAUGACCAUCGAAGAGAGGAAACAGAUGAUUUCAACACGGGAGGACGCCUGGAAGACAAAAGGCAAAGGAGCAGCUAAUGACUCCACACAGUACACAGUCGCUGCACGUUUGGUGAAGAAAGGCCUGGCUGCCUCCUCCUCAGUUAUCAGCCCCAUCCUGUCGCCAGUUUCCACUAAACUCAAGAGCAGCACGGCUGCUGUCAGCAAACCACAAGAGGAUAUUGAAGCCAGGCCAGACAUGGAGUCAGAUAAGAAACUGGACAAGUUGGAGAGCUUUUUGGGACGUUUGAACAGCAAAGUGGCAGGUUUGCAGGAAACCACCAUAACAGUGACUGAGAAAGCAGUGAAGGAGGUGAUGAAGCUGGACGACGAGAUCUUCUCCAAGUUCUACAGACGACUGGCUGAAUUCCCUCGGAUGCCGACCAGGAUCGAGAUCAGCGAAGACUUUGACUCCAUAUUCGGUUCCGAGGGUCCGAAGCUCACUUCUGCCAUGGUGCUGCAUAAGCGCUCGGUGCGUCCAUCCAGAAACGUCCAGGCAUCUAGAAAUCCUCUGAAGAUGCUGGCGGCACGAGAGGAUAUCCGRCACGAGUACACCGAAGAAAGACUUAAUGUAGCGCAGCUGGAGAGCAAGAGGAUGAAGGCGGAAACGAGAGAGUUAAGUAAAACCUCAGAGUACUCUGAGGCGGCUCUGGCAGGGCUCGCCAGUAAGGAGUGUUUCAGCAGCGUGAGUCUGCGCAGCGUCAACGUGUCGGAGCAAACCUCCAACAACAGCGCCGUGCCGUAUAAAAACCUCAUGCUCAUUCAGGUCAAAGGUCGUCGUCACGUUCAGAGCAGAUUGGUGGAGCCCAGAGCCUCAUCUUUGAACAGCGGGGACAGUUUUGUGCUAGUCRCUCCGGAGCACUGCUUCGUCUGGAUCGGAGAGUUCUCAAAUGUCAUCGAGAAAGCUAAAGCCGUAGAUUUAGCCACUUUCAUCCAGACGAAAAAGGACAUGGGUUGCAGGGCCAACCAGGUGCAGACCGUGGAGGAAGGGGUCAACUCUCAGGGGCAUGAUGCUCAGCAAUUCUGGACCAUCCUGAGUGGACAGAUGACCUAUCAAUCUGCGGGUCCAUCUGAAGAGGAUGAGCGGUUUGAGAACAGUAUUGUGGAAACCAACUGUAUCUUCAGACUGGUGGACGAUAAACUGGUUCCUGAUGAUGACGAGUGGGGGAAGAUUCCUCGCACCUCCCUGYUAGCAUCCAAGGAGGUGUUGGUGUUUGACUUCGGCAGCGAGGUGUACGUGUGGCACGGUAAAGAGGUGACUCUAGCACAAAGGAAGGUGGCCUUUCAGCUCGCCAAGCACCUGUGGAAUGGGACGUUUGACUACACCUGCUGCGACGUCAACCCGCUGGACCCGGGAGGCUGCAACGCACUCAUACCCAGGAAAGGCCAGGGUCGUCCUGACUGGGCCAUAUUUGGCAGACUGACGGAGCACAAUGAGACAAUUUUGUUUAAGGAGAAGUUUAUGGACUGGACUGAAGUGAAGUCGCCCACCUUGAAGGAAGCUGGAGAGAUUAUACCUGAACUGAAGUCUUCGUCUCAGGAGGCUCCCAGACGUGAGUGUCGGCCUUACAAUGCCUCGCUGAUGCUGCCCGUCCUCCAGUCGCCCGUGUCCACCAUUUUGGACGGGGUGAACGUCGGCCGUGGCCACGGCCCGGUGGAGACCGAGGACCACAUGAGGCUCCAGGAGAUCAGCACGGCGUCUGUGGACGUUUGGCACAUCCUGGAGUUUGACUACAGCCGUCUGCCGCGGCAGAGCAUCGGCCAGUUCCACGAGGGCGACGCCUACGUGGUCAAGUGGAAGUUCAUGGUUAGCACUUCCGUGGGCCGCAGGCAGAACCCCGAGGCGAGAAGUAGCGGGCCUGGGAAGGAGAAGUGCUGCUAUUUCUUCUGGCAGGGCCGACACUCCACCGUCAGUGAGAAAGGAACAUCAGCGCUGAUGACCAUGGAGCUGGACGAGGAGAGAGGCACUCAGGUCCAGGUGCAGCAGGGGAAAGAGCUGCCGUGUUUCCUGCAGUGCUUCAACGGGGGGAUGAUCAUCCAUGCGGGCAAGAGGGAGGAGGAGGAGGAGAACACUCAGAGUGAGUGGCGUCUGUACUGCGUGCGGGGCGAGGUGCCGGCGGAGGGCCACCUGCUGGAGGUGGCRUGUCACUGCAGCAGCCUGCGCUCCCGAGCCUCCAUGAUCCUCCUCAACAUCCACAAAGCUCUCAUCUACCUGUGGAACGGCUGCAAGUCGCAGCUGCACACUCGCAGCGUGGGCAGCAYGGCCGCGCUGAAGAUCAAAGAACUGUGUCCCCUGGAGGCAGGCCUUCACAGCAGCAGCAAAGUGACCAUCCACGAGUGCGACGAAGGAGUCGAGCCGCCGGGUUUCUGGGAGGCUCUCGGGAGGAAAGACAGGAAAGCUUAUGACUGCAUGCUGCAAGAUCCGGGUAAAUUCAACUUCACUCCGCGGCUCUUCCUGCUGACCAGCUCAUCUGGAGACUUUGUGGCAACAGAGUUCUUCCACCUGGCCAGAGCGCCAGAUUUGGUCAGCUCUCUGCCUUUCCUGCAGGAAGAUCUUUACAACGCUCCGCAGCCCGCCUUGUUUCUGGUGGACAACUUCCACGAGGUGUACCUGUGGCAGGGCUGGUGGCCUCAAGACAGCGAGUCCACCGGGUCGGCUCGCAUCCGCUGGGAUGCCGACAGGAAGUGUGCCAUGGAGACCGUGCUGCAGUACUGCAAGGAGAAAAACGAGAAGAAACCACAGAAGUCAUAUUUAAUCCACGCCGGUCUGGAGCCGCUCACCUUCACCAACAUGUUCCCCUGCUGGGAGCACCGAGAGGACGUGGCUGAAAUCACAGAGAAAGAGGCGGAGGUGUGUAACCAGAUCAUCCUGGUGGAGGACGUGUUGGCCCGACUCUGUCAGAACACCUACCCUCUGGCUGAGCUUCAGGCCCGGCCGCUCCCCGAGGGGGUGGACCCGCUCCGCCUGGAGAUCUACCUGUCCGACCAGGACUUUGAGAAAGCUUUAGAAAUGAAGAAAGAGGACUACGAACGUUUGCCAGCGUGGAAGCAAGUCAACGUAAAGAAGGCCAAAGGACUGUUUUAAGCAAGUUUUUAACUGAAGAUGGCACGUGAAGAGAGAAGACAAGAGAGAGAAGAGAUACAGGAAAAUAUUUCAGGAAAACCAAACAUGAAGGAUGAGAUGUUUUGACUUUUCUCUGUCAGUAUUAAACUAAAUGRAAUCCAAGUGGUUUAUCAGCAAACAACUUGCUUUGGUACAUAUUUGCUCUUUAUGUGUCUUCAACGAAAAUCCCCUCCAAGCACUAAAGUYACCACUUGUGGAAGACAAAAGCUUAGACUUGCUGUCAGAGUGCCAUGUUGUGGUGGUGUGUUCGACUGCGGCUGUAUAUAAUGAUGUUUAUUUGUGUACAUGUGUAUGUAUGUGUGUUUGUGACCUUGGAGCCAUGUAAAGAUGGAUGCAGUCGGGCCUCACGUUGCUCAACUUUAAGCUGCAAACCGACUUGUUAAAAACCCAAGAGGCGAGUCGCAGCUUAAAGAGAGGAAGGCCGGCAGCUCAGUGAAUCUGAACAUACAGUGCCUUGCUUUUUGUGUACAGUUUCUAUACAGAAAUUCUAGUCUGCAUUUUUAAAGACUUUCUWUGUGAUAAGAGACAUAGUAAAUUAAAUCACAAUGAUGCUCAACCAAAAUAA